AGGACUACAUGUACGAAUUCGGGGACAAGUACGGCAACAACAAGUUCAAGUACAACCAGGCGAACAUCUCCGGCGUCUCCAUCGUGCACUACGGUGAAGUCAUUCCCCGUGAGAACCGUGAGAAGAUGACACACGACGUCUGCUUCCGUUUCUGCCGGACAGACCAUCCCGGAUAUGAUGUUCUUUGGCAUCAAGAACGGGAACGACUGCUACUGCGCGCCCUACUACAAGGCCAUGGCAGGCGACUCCGACGUCUGCGACGUGGUCUGCGAAGGCGAUCAGACCGUGAUGUCGAUGCGGCAAUUGAGCGCCCAGUUGCCGCACUCGCACACCGUGAACUCGCUUUUCCUCGCCAUCUUCUUGUGAGAGGAAUGGUGCCUGAGGCGGGACGGCCACCAGUCCCAGCAGAAUCGUGGGGCCGCUGAUCCCUUGUGCCGACUCAAUCGCUUGAGCCAAAAUGG